AUAUCGAGUUGAAACAAGCAUCAUCUCGCGACGCCCAGUAAUCGCGUUUGCAUCGUCAGGCAUAACCAGAGUAAACACCAAUGGUACUGGAACAAGGAACGCAGACACGAAAUCCACACAAGUAGCCUGCAAAAAGAGCGCCCAGUUACCACGUAGGCCGAGGCUGCUGAACGGGUGAGCUGCACGGCGCCUGGUGUGUUCUCUCAACCCUCCUACCCGUCCACAACCUCUAAUUCCGAAGGUUCUGGAGGAUCUGCUGGACGUUUUCUCCUUCCCGGAAGGUGCACAAACCCUCAGGCGUCUCAAGGACAAGGCCAGAACACGUGACAAAGUGCAGGAGGAUCUCGGGGGCGAGUUAAAGGUUGCUGGAGGUUAGGAGAGGUUGAAAGGUUACAUAAAAAUUCAUACGUUUGAGAGACGUUUCCACAGAACCCAUCAGUCUUGAAGACUUCCCAAGGUCAGGAAGAGGAGUGAAGGACGAGGCACAAUGCAGGACAUCGGCGAUCCUAUGAAAGUGGAGGUUCCUAAGAUCAAUGACUUGCUCGGCCUCGACCCCUAUCUCAAGCCCUUCGAGAGGGAGAUCAGAAGGAGAUAUGGAUGUUUUGAGAAAUUACUCAACCAAAUAAGUGAAGCUGAAGGAGGACUAGAGAAAUUCUCUCGUGGCUAUGAGAAUUUUGGCCUCCAUGUUAAUCCAGACAACAGUGUGACCUGCCGUGAAUGGGCUCCCCUAGCCCAGGGGCUGUUUCUCAAAGGGGAUUUUAAUAACUGGGAGAAGUGUGUCAUGCCUUUCAAGAAGUUGGACUUUGGUAAAUGGGAAAUCACUAUACCACCCAACCCAGAUGGAUCAUGCCCCAUUCCCCAUUUAUCACGUGUCAAGAUUGGUGUGUUGUCCUCAAAGGAUCAGGUGGGACUCCUGACCCCUAAAGACACGAUGGUGGACCGACUGUGUCCUUGGGCCUCGUACGUGCUGCAGCCGCCCAAGUCAGAGGGGAUUGCAUAUCAGCAUCACUUCUGGAAUCCUCCACCAGAAGAGAAAUAUACCUUCAAGCACCCAAAGCCAAAGAAGCCAUCAAGUCUGAGGAUUUAUGAGUGUCAUGUUGGCAUUGGUACUAGUGAGCCUAAAGUUGGAUCAUACAAGGAGUUUACCCAAAAUGUUCUUCCAAGGAUAGCAAAGUUGGGGUACAAUGCCAUCCAGUUGAUGGCCAUUAUGGAGCAUGCAUAUUAUGCCAGCUUUGGGUAUCAAGUGACCAGUUUUUUUGCUGCUUCAAGCCGGUAUGGAACACCAGAGGAACUCAAAGAACUGGUUGAUACAGCUCACUCCAUGGGGUUAUAUGUUCUUUUGGAUGUUGUGCAUUCUCAUGCAUCCAAAAAUGUCUUGGAUGGUCUUAAUGAGUUUGAUGGAUCGGACUCCUGCUAUUUCCAUGGUGGCGGCAGAGGAAUACAUGAUCUUUGGGAUUCAAGAUUAUUCAACUAUUCACACUGGGAAGUGCUAAGGUUCCUUCUCUCUAACCUUCGCUGGUACCUUGAGGUAUACAAUUUCGAUGGAUUUAGGUUUGAUGGUGUGACUUCCAUGUUGUAUCACUCACAUGGAAUAGGUGAAGGUUUUAGUGGAGAUUAUAAUGAAUACUUUGGGCUGAAUGUGGACAUAGAAGCUCUUGUUUAUCUCAUGCUAGCCAACCACAUGCUCCAUGAGCUCUACCCAGAGAUCAUAACCAUUGCUGAGGAUGUCUCAGGAAUGCCGGCUCUUUGCCGGCCAGUGACAGAAGGUGGUGGAGGGUUUGAUUACCGACUAGGCAUGGCCAUUCCUGACACCUGGAUUAAGCUUUUAAAGGAGAUGUCAGAUGAUGAUUGGGAUAUGGGGAAUAUAUGCCACAUUCUUGAGAAUCGACGCUACAAGGAAAAGACAGUUGCUUAUGCAGAGUCGCAUGACCAGGCCCUUGUAGGAGAUAAGACCUUGGCCUUCUGGCUCAUGGACAAAGAGAUGUACACUCACAUGUCCAAGAUGUCCCCUCCCUCGCUGAUCAUAGAUCGUGGACUGGCCCUGCACAAGAUGAUCCGCCUGAUCACACAUGGCUUGGGGGGUGAGGCCUACUUAAACUUCAUGGGCAAUGAGUUUGGACACCCAGAGUGGUUAGACUUUCCUCGGAUUGGCAACAAUGAGAGCUACCAUUAUGCACGUCGCCAGUGGAAUGUGGUGGAUGAUACCCUACUGAAGUAUGAAUACCUUAAUAACUUUGAUGCUGCCAUGAACAAUGCUGAAGAAAAAUAUGGUUGGCUAAGUGCAGAACCUGGAUAUACAAGCACAAGGCACCAAGGGGACAAAGUCAUUGCAUUUGAAAGAGCAAACUGCAUCUUUAUCUUCAACUUCCAUCCUUCUAAAAGCUACACGGACUACAAGAUUGGAGUUGGUUGCAGUGGGAAAUACAAGAUAGUACUUGACACUGAUGCUGAGGAAUUUGGUGGCCACAAACUCCUAGAUCAUAACACAGAGUUCCUCACAAAAAACGAAGGCUUCAAUAGUCGACCUAAUUGCCUGAUGGUGUAUAUCCCCUGCAGAGUCGCCAUUGUUCUUGCUAAAGUGGACUAAGAAAUGACGUCUAAACCACGUGUGUUGUAACAGUAUAAGUAUAUUGUAUAAUAGAAGAUUAAAUGAAUAGGAAAAAACCUGAGGGUGUUUGUUGAUAUUUUAUUUUUAUUUUCAUUUUUGUUUGUUUAUAUAUUUCAGUAUGAUAAUUUUUCUACAUAUUGUAUAUUUAUCUGUUGCUAUAUGAAGUAUUUAUACAGGUCUGUAAUUUAUAGUAGUUAUAUUAGACAGAUCAUUAUAUAUCUAUUUAUAAAGUAUGCAAAGUAAUAAACUGGAAAGGAACAUAUGUAAGCAAACAUAGAUAUUGAGUAGUUACAUUGAGGAAUAGAAUUUGUGCAAAAGUUUAAUGUUUGCAUUGUGUUUAGAGGCUAACAAAAUAGAAGCUCAAAUAGAAGUUUAUGCUUUACUGGAGAGGUUGACUCGUAGGAAGUAACAUAAUUGCCUAAACCUGUGUAUUUGUAUGUCAGGUGAAAGGAAAAAAAAUUAAUAUGACAUUUUCUGGUAGGAGCUUUUUCAUGACAUAGAAGGUGCCAUUUUAUUGUACUGAUGUUAUGCAUUUAUGGACCCUCUUGAUAAUAUAUUUUUGUAAUCAUUAUGAAUUUUGUAGUCUUCCAUAGAUUUAUAAAACAGAACAUGUUUAAAUGAGUGAAAUUUGAGUGCUCUCCAUGAAAGAGUGCAAUGCAAAGAUAAUUAUUCUUAACCUGACGAUUGCAAUGAGCUUUAUUUGGUCUGUAAAUUGAAAUAAUACUUUACAUUCAAGAAAAGAGGGUUGAGUAAAUACACUUCAUUGCAGUGGCUCAGCUUCACAAGGUUUCCGUCACUUGCUCACUAAACGAAACUAGGCUGCAGCCCGAUGUGUUGAAUGUGAAUUGGUUUUGAUUAUCUCCUUUAUAUUGGUGUGUCCUUAUUUUGUCUUUCCUUUUUGUUUGUAUUUGUGUUUGGGGGUCCUAUGAUGAGAUACUUUUUUUCUCUUUUCCGGGAUUUAGGUAUUGUUUUGAUCAGAUUUUUUUUUCCCUUUUUUAUGAUAAUUUGUGUUCUGGGAAUCAAUUGCUACACUGUUUCUAUGUUAAUUUCUUGGAAAAAAAUAAAAUUUCCAACCAGUAUGUAAGGCUGGAUAAUUGAAAUGAAAUAGAAAAGAUAUUAGAAAUUAUCUUAUUUUGCUGUGGCUUUUAUAUAUAUAUAUAUAUAUAUAUAUAUAUAUAUAUAUAUAUAUAUAUAUAUAUAUAUAUAUAUAUAUAUAUAUAUAUAUAUAUAUAUAUAUAUAUAUAUACACAUAUAUAUACACACAUAUAUAUCAGACAUGUUGAUUUCAUCUAACCAAAUAUCUUUUAUUGUUCCUGCUUUUCUGAGAAGGCAAAGUGUAUCUCUGUAAUGUGUGUUGCUGUUUCUGAUUUUUUAAAGAAUUAUUUGUAAUAUGCAUGCUUUAAGAGUUAAUGGAGCCGCAAUAACUGGAUUACUUUUCUUCCUGUCUCUAUCUUGAUCACUCUCUCCCUCCAUCUCCUUCUCCCUCACCUUCCUCUCUCCUCUCUCCUCUCUCCUCUCUCCUCCCUCCUCCCUCCUCCCUCCUCCCUCCUCCCUCCUCCCUCCUCUCUCCUCUCUCCUCUCCCCUCUCCCUCUCCCUCUCCCCUCUCCCUCUCCCUCUCCCUCUCAGUCUCCCUCUCCCUUUCCCCUCCUCCCCUCUUGCCAUAUUUAGGUUUACAAGAUGAACAAGGAGAGAAAAUACGUCAGUCCGUUGGAAAUGCAGCUUCAAAGGAAACAAAAAUUGGUGCCUUGAAAGAGUUGCUUAGAUGUUUCUUGACGCUGUUCUAGAAAGUGUAAUUUAAUCAAUUUACAGUAUUUUUUUAAAUAGUGGUCAGUCAUCCAUUUAUAUUUUGAGGGGAAAUUAUUAUUUUGAAGUUUAGCAAUUUCAGAAAAUUAUUUCUUUCCUGAUGGGAGUGGAUGACAUGGAGCAAACAUCUCAGUUUCUGUGAUACCUCAUGAUAGUGCUGUAAAUAGAUUUAAGUUAUAUAUAAAAGAUGAUAUUUUGUGUUACUAAUUAAACUGCAAAAGUGGCAGUUUAGUUUUCAGUUUUGAUAUUAUUGUCAUAACAUCUAAUCGCUGGUACAGUAAUCAAUGCUUGUCUUAAGUUCUAAUGAAUGCAAAUGUAUUUUCAUGAUAAUAAAGAAUAUUACAAGCCA